GUCCAUUCGAUGGUAGAGCUCAGUCCAAAGGAGGCAGCCGGCGAACGCGUUUUGCCUUCCAUUUUUCACCUCCGAGAAAGCCGCGAUUUCGAUUCAAUUCCAACGCCCCAAAAGCGUGCGUUGUCUUAUCGAGUAGGCAAUUGGCUGGCCCAGCGAUCACAGGUUGCACAACCCAUUACCCGGAAUAGCGAAUAUCCCACGGCGAAGGAAUAGCACUCCAUCAAGAUGGCCGCCAUGGGCACUGGAUUUUCCAAGUGCUUCAUACUCUUCAUGGCGAUUGUCAUACUCGUCCAGGGAGUUGCCUACUUGGGCUUGUCCAUCUGGGGCAUCACCUUCCGGGAGUGUCCGGAUAGCGUUACGGACUUCAGUGAAAAUCCCUUCAAGUACGCCAUGGAAAUUAUUUACUUUUCGCAGGAGAGCUGUGGUGAUCCAGUGCUGAAGGUGUCUGGAGAACAAGUUCCUUUGACCAUGGAUUGGCCCAAGUCAUAUGCCAUAACCAACCGGGAGUUCAUCUUCAUGAUAACCUACGCAGUUAUUAGCGGACUAUGGGUAGCCACUUCGGUGUUGGUAAUAACCACUUUGUGUAAUCGCACCACCAAGCUGAUCUCCGGAGUAGUCUAUUGGCCCUGGUUCCUAUCCGUGCUAGCUGGCAGUGUCCUCGAUGUGGUGGCCUCGGUGUAUCAUGGAAUCGACUUAAGUCAUACAACGACCAUGAAAGAUGCACUGGAUUACAUUGGAGUCACAUAUAGUGAUACUGUUGGCAAUAUUUGGACCCUAAUGGAGCCCUUCGGCGUAUACUUCUCCACGCCAUCGAUUCUGCUACUGUGCCUCACAAGUCGCGCGGGCAUCAUCUGGCUGCUGAACAUCAUUGGAGUCAGCUUCUGUCUCUCGUUGUCCGGAAUCAUGGCGCAGCAGAACGCGAGAUCAGACGCCAUCAGCAGGAGUCAGGCUCCCACACGACAGCCGACGCCACAGCCUGCGGUGGCAUUAGUCCAGCCGGUGGUGGAGGCCACCCUAGUGGAAUCUGUUCAGCCUUCGGCACCGCAAGAGAACACUCAAUAUCCGGAGCAGAUCCGACCCAAGCCGCUGCCCAUUUUCAUUCCCUCGGAGCAGCGUCCGAAUUCCCAGCAGUUUACACCCGGAGAUCGCACCACUUUGCAGUCCCCUGUGAUGGUGCUGCCACCACAAGUUCCCCAGCAGAGAGAUGUGGUCACUCCGCAGCCUGACAUCAACACCUAUCGCACCACCGAGGCUCAUCCCGACCUCCUCAACUAUCCACCUUCGGAACCACCAACGCCACGUGCUCCUUCGCCGGCUGUCCAACAACUGGCGGUGACGUCGCCCCUAAACAAUCGCUACAGCGAGAUAUAUCCCGCUCCAGUGAAUCCCCGCGUUAGCGAGGAGCUGCGCAACCAGAUGCCUUGGUCGUACACCAGCAUGGUGACUAAGCCACCACCGCCGCCACGCAAGCCCCAGCUACAAGUGCAGAUCUACCCACAGAUUCCGGAACCUGAUUAUGCGGAUCACUAGUCAUUAUCGUGGUGAACGCUGCUCGGAGUUGAUUUGCGCUUAAUCAGUCUGGAUGCGCGGUUGUAAAAAGUUGUGUGUUAUUGUUACCUUUAUUGCAUAAAGCUAAAGCUGAUGGCCAA